AAGAAAUGAAGAAAAGAUAUGGAGGGAAAUCUUGUCCUCUUAACUGCUCUGACCAACCCCACCUCCUUCCAGCUCCCCUGUUCCCUCUCAUCUCUCUUCCUGACGCCAUCAAGCUUUAGAGUCACCUCCCCCUCCCGGCCUCCCUGUCUCUGCAACACAGUGCAUAGCACAGCGACACUGCCGGCCACCCAGGAGGUUAGACCUUAGACCUUGCCAGCCAUUGUUGACAAUGGCGGAGCCCAAGUCUUCCAAGAGCAAGUCCAAGUCCAAGUCCAAGAGCAGCCACCCCAGCCACGACGCAGCGGCGUCCAAGAAGUCCAAGGCCAGCGCCGCCGCCGCGGCGGGCCCGGGGACCCUGGACGCGCUCUUCGCGCCGUGCGCGGACGUCAAGGGCCUCCGCUUCGGCGCGCAGCUCGUCACGCGCGCGCUCACCGUGCGCCGCGCGGCCCCGCUCGAGCUCCCGCACCUCCUCCGCGCGGCGCCCUCCCCCGGCGCCGGCGCCGCCGCCGGGGACGCGCUGUCGUUCGCGCCGACGACGACGGCGUACAUCCCGACCAACUUCGCCAUCCUGGCGCACCACGCGUGGCACACCCUCACGCUGGGGCUGGGCACCAAGAACUCCAAGGCCGCCGUCUUCGUCUUCGAGUCCGCCGCCAUGAAGGCCGCAGCGGACGCAGCGUGGCCGGGCGUCGUCCCGCUCGGGGACGUCGGCCGCCGCCUCAUCCGCGCGGCGCCGGGCGCGCCCGAGAUGGCGCGGUUCAAGUUCCGCAAGGGCUGCGUCACCUUCUACGUCUACGCCGUCCGGACCGCCGGCGCGCGCGGGUUCGCGCGCGCCGACGAGCUCAGGGCCGUCGUCGAGGCCGUCGCCAGGCUCAAGGACUUCCUGGACCAUACCGCUAUGCUCGCGCUGCCGGGCCAGAGGAGCAUCGACGUCGCCGCCGCCGCUGCGCCGGUGGGCGUUGUGCAUUGACGCGCUCGAUUGCAGCUGUGGCUUGUGACGAACUGUGAAUAGAAUCCUCUUGUUGCUCCUCUAGCUUUUUUUUCUUCCUCUCGGCGUGUGCAUUGGUUUCUGAAUGUGAUCAUUUCCUUUUUGGAUUGAGAUCGAUGUUGUGCAAUUCCUUGAUUCCCUACUGUGAAAUUGUGCAUUGGCAUUAGAAGAUGCCAUGGCGAUUUUCACCCCUAAGCUGCUGAUAGGAAACCCAACCAAUGUUAGGAUUUGUUUUUUCUUCAGGUUGGAAGUGAGAUGUUGAUCCUUGGACCAUGGUGCUAUGUUUCAGUUGGAGAGAUGAAUGAAUAUCCCUAGUUUCCGUGCUGCGGCGACCGACAUGUUUGUGUC